AUGCUGUGGACAGUGAGCUUGUGCCUCCUGCUAUGUUCGACCGGGAUGAGCCUUCCGCUCAGUGGCCCGGGCCGCAACAGCAACGGCGGUCGAAACAAACUCUUGCUCAUCUCCUUUGAUGGAUUUCGGUGGGACUACGACCGCGAUGUGGACACGCCGUUCCUGGACCAGAUGGCCAACGAUGGCGUCAAAGCCGUAUACGUAACCCCGGCUUUCUUAACCGUCACCAGCCCCACGCAUUUCACCAUCCUUACAGGGCGCUACAUUGAGAACCACGGGGUGGUUCACAACAUGUAUUUUAACACCACCACCUCGGAGAAGAAGUCAUACUGGCAAACGCAGUUUGUGAAUGAAUGGUGGGACAACGGUACCGUACCUAUCUGGAUCACUGCCCAGAGGCAGGGCUUGAAAGCCGGUUCCCACCAUUUCCCCGGCACGGCCUCCACCUACCAUGGCGAGAAAGUGCAGGUGAGCGAGGUGGAGCCAGCUAUCUACAACUACUCCAACGAGACCGUGUGGCGCACCAUUGUGGACAAGGUCAUGGGCUCCUGGUUCAGCGACCAAGACCUGGAUUUUGUGGCGCUGUACUUCGGUGAGCCGGACGGCAUGGGCCACAAGUUUGGCCCAGACUCCCCGCAGGUUAAGAAGAUGGUCAAGCAGGUGGACCGGACAGUGGGCUACCUGCGCAACUCGGCCAAGCGGCACGGCCUGGAGGACCGACUCAACAUCAUCAUCACCGCCGACCACGGCAUGUCCACCGUGCGCCGCGCCGACACCGUCAACGAGAUCGUGCUCAGCAAGAUCCCCGGCUUCUCCUUCAAGGACCUGGACUUCCACAUCGUGGACUACGGGCCGGCGGGCAUGCUGCUGCCCAAGGAGGGCAAGCUGGACAAGGUGUACAACGCCCUGAAGGGGGCACACCCGCACCUGCACGUCUACAAGAGAGAGGAGAUGCCCCGCCGGCUGCACUUCUCCAACAACAAGCGCAUCCUGCCCAUCGUCCUCUGGGCUGACCCUGGAUACCUUAUUAACGGGUAUUUCCCAGUUCAGUUCAACAGGGGAGAGCAUGGCUUUGACAAUGAGGGCCUGGACAUGAAGCCUUUCUUCCGUGCAGUGGGGCCAGACUUCCACAAGAACCUAAUAGUGGAUCCCUUCGAGACGGUGAACAUCUACCCGCUGAUGUGCCACCUACUGGGUAUCAUGCCCGAUGAACACGACGGAGACCUGAACAACGUUCGCAACAUGGUAGUGGACAUUCCAGGCAAGUGGAGGACAAGGCGAUGGUUUACAAUUUAA